UGCGGUUAGUUAUUAAGUUCGGUAGAGCUAUCAUUUAUUUUAUAGCAUUAAUGUGUUUUUUAAAUUUUACAAAAUGUGAAGUUGCUUCAACUUUAAGAAAUGAUGAGGUGGUACAAGGUGGACAAUGCGAAGCAAAAAUAAGACAAUGCACAUUAAAAUCUACAGUUCCAAACUCAAGCAAAAGCCAUACAGUGCACGAUGUAAUGGGCAAAUCUGGACAAAAGGGGGAAAAGGGAAAUAAUGGCAUAGAAGGCAAAACUGGUCUACCCGGAAUAAAAGGAGACAUGGGAGACAGAGGUUUACAGGGCCUUCAAGGACAACAAGGGAAACCGGGAAAGGAUGGUGUCAAAGGAGACAUGGGCCCAAAGGGAGAGAAAGGGGAAGAAGGGAAAAAAGGUGACAGAGGCAAUGAUGGUUUACCAGGAUUGAAAGGGGGGAGGGGUGAUCCAGGUUUACUGGGCCCUCCAGGCUUGGAAGGAGCUAAGGGAGAAAAAGGGUCUGAAGGUCACAUUGGAAACCCCGGGGAACGAGGCCAAAAAGGAGAUUCGGGCAAAGAUGGCCUACCAGGAAAAACAGGAGAACCGGGUGUACAAGGCCUUAAAGGUGAAAAUGGAACACAGGGAAUAAAAGGCGAAAGAGGAGAGAAGGGUCUACAAGGCGUAUCAGGAACUAAAGGGGACCGAGGAGAAAGGGGCUCAGAUGGUAGUCCUGGCGAAUGCAAACCCUGUACGUGCCCUCCUGGCCCACCUGGCCCACCCGGCCCACCGGGCCCACCGGGCCCACUUGGACUAUCCGGCAAAGAAGGACCACAAGGACCACAAGGCCCACCAGGUCCACCAAGACCACCGCCGGGUAUUGAAGGGGAUGAAGACGAAAAAGGCGAUGAAGACGAGACAUAAAAUCAUUUCAGUUCUCAUUAUUACAUUUAUAUUAAAUGCGAAUUUUUUAAAUCAGUUAUUUAAAUACAAGAUAUUAUUUAUAUCCAGUGGUACUACGAAACGGAAUUAAUAAGUAGCUUAAAUCUAAAUAAAAUAGGCCAUUGAGGCAUUGUAACAAAUGCAAAUAAGUUUCUAAACUACUGUAAUGUAAAGGUAUUUUAUGAACGAUUAUUGGGUCUAAUAUGAUGUAUGAACGGAUUGAACCGUGAUACAAAUAUUUAAAUUUAAAGGAAUGUCAUCAAUAAGGUACAUACGUAAUUGUAUAAAAUCAAUUCUUCAAUUUUAUUUAACCAUAAAUCAUAAAUCGCAUUUU